AGUGCAGGUCUCCAUUGUGCAGUCGUACAUAGCAUUUUGAUCCUGACUAGAAUUACACCUAUCAACGUCUCGACUUUCCUUUUGCUUGUUUUCCUCGUAAAAGAACAACAAACUGGUGCGCUUCUGUAUCUUACUUUAUCAAGGAAGACUCCGGAAAGUAAGAGCUACAUACCAGUAUUUUACUGAGCUGUGCAUCUAGUUAUCUAGAUACACUGACUUACACGUCGGACAACGAGCUCCCUUCUAAGUAACGUGGUCAUCUCCACUUUUCGUUUUUCACUUGGGGCCCAUCGAUCUCAGAAGAGAACUUUUUCGAGCCAUAUCAAUUUGCAAGAGAGCCUGCAAAUAAAGACUGUGCUAUAUUCUUAAAUUAGCACCAUCAUGUCGCAUUGCUCCACAAUGACGAAAACCGGGCGUAACUUUUCUCACCGGGUCGGACUACUUUGCGUCGCCCUUCUUGCUUCAUUCUCGGGACAUGUCGGAGCGGUCAAGACGAAACUUACAGCGUCUUCUUCAUCUUCUGGUGCAGAACUGCGACCGAUGGCGGGGACGAUGUCUCCGUAUGCGCCGCCGCCAACAAGAAACCCUUUGCUCGAGUUGCUCAAUUCUAACCAGACCUUGCGCUACGAGGCCAGAGAAGUAUCAGGGAAGCAAGUGGUGGUCGAUAUAUACAACGAGCGCAAUUCUCGCGUCCUGUACCUGCAAAUUGAUACCGAAAUGAAGGUGAAGAUGUCUCAGGAGUGCAAACAUGCGCCGCAGGACAGUGCUGGUCCGAUACUUACUGGAGCAUGGUGA